UCAAGCAGCGGCAACAUUGUAGCGGAGAAACGCCAGCGGACGGGAAGCAACGAGGGGAGCGCCACGGAAUAGACCCCGUUACAUUGUUGUGAUUGCCCCAUCUAGAUCGUAUUCUGUCAGAUCUCUCUGAAAAGUGAAUCGGUACACCAUUGAGGAUGUCGGUGGCAGGGCUGAAGAAGCAAUUUCACAAAGCCAGUCAGUUGCUGAGUGAAAAGAUAAGUGGUGCUGAAGGGACAAAGCUGGAUGAAGACUUCAUGGAGAUGGAGAGGAAAAUCGAUGUCACCAACAAAUCAGUGUUGGACCUCUUGACCAAAACAACAGAAUACCUACAACCUAACCCAGCUUCCAGAGCCAAGUUGGGGAUGUUAAACACAGUGUCGAAGAUGAGAGGACAGGUGAAGACCACAGGAUACCCACAGACCGAGGGCCUACUGGGGGACUGUAUGAUGCGCUAUGGACAUGAUCUGGGAGACCAGUCCUCCUUCGGCGGUGCGUUGGUGGACAUCGGUGAGGCCAUGAGGCAGAUGGCCGACGUGAAAGACUCUCUGGACAUCAGUGUCAAACAAAACUUUAUUGACCCACUCCAGAACUUACAGGACAAAGACCUCAAGGAGAUCACGCAUCACCUGAAGAAGCUGGAGGGGAGGCGGUUGGACUUUGACUAUAAGAAGAAGCGUCAGGGGAAGGUGCCUGACGAGGAGAUCCGUCAGGCAGUUGAGAAGUUUGAGGAGAGCAAAGAGCUGGCCGAGAGGAGCAUGUUCAACUUCCUGGAGAACGAUGUGGAGCAGGUGAGUCAGCUGUCAGCGUUGGUUGAAGCUGCGUUAGACUACCACCGUCAGUCCUUGGAGAUCCUAGAAGACCUCAACACCCAACUACAAAACAGGAUAUCCUCAGCCAGCAGUCGACCGAAGAGAGAAUUUAAACCAAAGUCCAUCAUGAGCAGCAUUGAGACCAUAGACAACACUCAACACAAUGGAUCAUAUAGCUCCUCACUCAAGUCCUCAGACAUCCAGAUCAACCACACAGUAAAUGGAAAUGGGAAAACUGAUCCCUUCACCACCUUUCCUCUGUCCUGGCCAGAGAGUCCCACUUUCAACGGCCACCAAUCGGAGGUGCUGGACCAGCCAUGUGCCAGGUCCCUGUAUGACUUUGAGCCAGAGAACGAUGGUGAGCUGGGCUUUAAGGAGGGUGACAUCAUCAUCCUCACCAACCAGAUAGAUGACAACUGGUACGAAGGCAUGAUAAACGGAGACUCUGGCUUUUUCCCAAUCAACUAUGUGGAGGUUAUCGUACCCCUGCCCCAGUGAGACAGGAACGGACAGGACACCACCCAAUCAGGGACUAAUCUCCAGAGCCCAACCUCCUCACAGCCUCCCCUGGUCCCUACACCCUAUGCACCUGUGGAGAUCUGAGAGGAUGUUGUUAUUUUGAUCUGAGAGGUAUUUCCAUAUAGAUUGCACCGGUUGAAUCCACUCAGAUCUCCACAGGGGCAUAGGGCUCAGGGUCUUGGUGUCGAUUUGGGAUUAUACACAGUGUCCAUUUCAUCAGACUUCAAUCCCCACCCUCAAGCCUCCUGUCAUCAACCCCCAGCCUCCAGUCCCUACCCUUACAUCCUCAGCCUUAGAAACACAGUACUCAAUCCCAAAUCGACCCUAUACCCUAGACACUUUUGUAGAUCUGAAAAGAUUGGACAGGUAUAAGGAAGGAAGUGGACAUUCUAAGCAGUCUAUCAGAAGGCAGAGUGAAGCUAAUCUGAUCUUGUUAAUACCAAUCCUUUAAGAUCAAUAGGAGUGUGUAGGGGUUAGAGGGGAUAUGGGUUUAUUUGGGAUUUCAGCACAACUCUCAGCACAACAACUCCUAGCACAACAACUCCUAGCACAAACCUAUGUCUAAUUUAUUGUCAAAACUACAUGUAAUCCCUAGUCUCAGACAACAACACUCCAAUACCCCAGCACCCACACAGUCCCUAACCCAAACCACAAACUCCAUGAAAUCGUCAUAUGAAAUUGAUCACAACACACUUCAUCAAAGUCCUCCUCAGAUGACCACGCCUUGCUUUUCGCCACAGACAUUCAAUAAGUGUACUACUUUUCUCUUUGUCUUUUACAAUAUUUAUUUUCUACAUUGUUCUUUUCAUGGUUUGUGGAAUGUGAAAAUCAGGGUUCCUCCCCCAAACUGUGUUCCAUUUGGAGCAGCUACAGUUGAUGCCAUCAGACAAGACAACUAAAAUAAUCACCUGAAAAUCGCUGUGUAACAGGUGUGGACUAACUGAAGAAAAGUCAUUCCAGGUUAUCAAAGAUGAUGCUUUUCUCAUGAUCUGCCACCAUGAGAAAACUAAAUGGAGUCUCCUGGAAAAAUCCACAUUGCUACUGUGCAUCUCCGUUUGGUUAGGGUUUUCAAGUGUUGAUGUUGAGUUAGGAGUGGUCUUUUUGUUCCUUUUCUCUGCUGUUAUCUGUAGGACCAGGAGUUAUGCCUGACCAUGUUACCCGACCAAGACAAACUCUAGUCCCUAGUUCUAGGUUAUUAUAGGCUUUAACAUGUGCCCAGAGUUGUUCCUGUUGUCCGUCUGCCUGCCUGUCUGCCUGUUGUGCUCUUAAGUGUUAUCCCAAACACAUAUUUUUAAACUGUAAGGAACUGAUUUUACAACUCUGAAUGUCCCUCUCUCUCUCUGUGUUUACAUGGUCUGGUCUUACUGUGACGUAAAGACUCCUCUAAGGACUGUACCACUGUUCUGUGUCAGACGGGGGUGAAUGCCUUGACCCACUUGGACCGUUUAAGUGCUUUUUAAAAUGUUGUCUGUAUUGCACUGAAGCUUUAGACCCGAACGUGCACCUCCGGACAUGCACAUACUGUAUGUUUUCUAGUUUCUCCUCAAGCACUGCACUUUCUAUGUCCUUCACCAUGAGAGUACAGUACCGUCUGAUGGUGAAUAAAUAGAUUGAUAUGGACCACGAUAUGUACUGUAUGUGAUGAAACAGUUUGUCUGCCAUGUAACGUCAGACCACCAUUGUAGAUUGAAUGAAGUCUCAAAAUGAUACACAUUAAAGGCAUACUUUGUCACUUUUCUUUCCCCUGUGGUAGUGCCACAAAGUACUUACACACUCGAAACCAAACACACAAACAAAACUAACACUGUUUGAUUCACAUCAGUCAGGCUCUUCUUUGUCUUUGUACUCUCAAGCCUUCAAAACAAACAGGUGUUAUCUAAGGCCUCACAGGUGACCAGAAAUAGAAGCAAUGAAGUGUGCCUUUAAUGAGAUAUGCCUGUCUAGUAUCAUGUCUGAAGUCCGAUAACCCUGGGCUUAUUUAGGAAGUGCAGCAUUGCUCUGACCUGACCUUCUAUUUGACACGUCUCUUUAGCCUGAUGGUUGGUUUUUAACUGCCAAUAGCCUCUCUCUCUCUGCUGAGAAUGGAAUUCAUCAGAGCCCUAUAAUAAGUAUUAUGUACUGUGUAUAUAUAGCUCUGGAUGUUAUAUGUUCACCAUUCAACAGAAUGGAUAACUCCAGAAUGAUUGAACAACAAUGCCAUAACUGAAUCAUCACCAUGGAUGGUCAUCUGUUUUCCUUUUUCAUUUAGAAAAACACUAUUUAAAAAUCCACUGUAGUGUGUGGACAUUCCCUUUACCCAAAAGUCUGGAUUGGGUUUUUCUACCAAAAUACACUUAAACAUUCUUAAGCAUCUUCUUUCUCUAAGUAGAACCAUGUUCUGGACCAACUACACGAACUAGACAACUGUCCAAAGGUGUCUAAAGGUAAUACACACUGUUUUCAUAUUGCUAGUGAAUAUGGAAAACCCCUGUUUGCAUGAUUUAACAAGAAAGACUGUAGCCAUGGAUUUGAUUGUGAGAGAGAAAACAGGGGUUUUCAGAGGCAGCAAAAGAAAUGGAAAAACCUUCACUGUGGAAGAAGAUAGUUCUGAAGCCCAACCCUUCUGUUCUGUAAUGGCCUGCUGCUUUCUCAAGGUGUCUGUCUGAUGGUUGACAGUGUGUGUCCGUCCCAUUUGGGACAACGCCACUGUGUGAUGACUGAGAUGACACUUCCCCAACACUACAGCUGGACUAUAUGUCCAUGUCCACUGUUACUGUUCUCUUUGCUCUACUUAAGCAGCUCUGAAACCACUCUGUUCAGUGUCCCUUCACCCCAAACUUAGUCGAUGGAAACUGGCUGUACAUACUUCAUCACCUCCUUUUUGGAUUUGAUUUAUUUUCUGGAACAUAAUCUAUAUAAAAUGUGUUUUAUUGAUGUUGUAAAUGAAUAUAUUCAUACGUACUGUAUAUUGCGUAAAUAAAUGAAAAGCAAUUACUGAGCCAUC